ACUUUUGGUUGUGGUCUUGGAAGCAGUGCUUGCAGUCUCCUCUGACACUGUAGCUAUACCAGUCUCUGAAAGCUCAUUACGUGGAUUUCACAGGACUAUCAUGAGACAACAUGCAAAAGUCCUUUGGUAUGACCGGGCAAAAUAUGUCUUUAUGGAAUUCUGUGUUGAGAACAGUCGGGAUGUUAAAGUGGAUAUAGAGAAAAAUAAGGUCAUUUUCAGCUGUUUAAAUGAAGACAAUAUUCAAAUGUACAAUGAGAUUGAAUUGUAUGACGGUGUAAAUCCUAAGGAUUCCAGAGAAAAACGAUCAGACCGGUCAAUCACAUGUUUCCUGAGAAAGCUGAAGGAGAAGGUGGCCUGGCCAAGGCUGACCAAGGAAAAUAACAAGCCAUCCUGGUUGGCUGUAGACUUCGACAACUGGAGAGAUUGGGAUACUGAAGAAGAAGGAGAGGCGGCAUUAGCUGAACAUUACUUGGAUCUAAUCAACUCUGUGAGGAACAAAGGAGAACCACCAGUCAUGGAUGACCUGGAUGACUUAGAUGUGGAGAUAAAUAGCUUUACCUGUGGGCCAGCUUUCUUCUGUCCGCUAAAAAAGAAGGAUCCAUCUUUCAGGAGAAUGGCGUUCUAUUGUCAGAAAGAUAGCUAUGCCACUGAGCUGAUGACAGUGGUAGUGUCCUGCAGUCCUGCUGAAUUAAAGACGGAGAAUGGAGGGAAGAAGGAGACCAUGUCUGGGUACAAUGUUAUAUUGAAGGACACCGUACUUUUCCCAGAAGGUGGUGGACAGCCUGAUGACAGAGGAUUCAUUGGCGAAAUCCAAGUGCACCGUGUCACUCGUCAGGGCCCAGAUGCUGUACAUUUUGUGUCCUCUCCCUUGGAGCCAGGUGCUGAGAUGCUAGUAAAGGUAGACUGGAACCGAAGGUUUGACCACAUGCAGCAACACUCAGGCCAACACCUUAUCACAGCCAUCGCAGAUUCUUUGUAUGGGUUCAAGACAUCGUCUUGGGAGCUGGGACGCCAGCGUAGUUUCAUAGAAUUGGACACACCAACAAUGACAAGCGAACAGGUCGAAGCUAUAGAACAGCUUGUGAAUAAGAAGAUCCGCCAACGUGUGCCCGUUACUGUGAGAGUGAUUACUGCCUAUGAUUCUGAGUUUGACCAUGUCAGAAGCCGAGGUUUACCUGAUGACCAUGCCGGUCCAGUGAGAAUAAUUAAUAUUGAAGGAGUUGAUGCCAACAUGUGUUGUGGUACCCAUGUUGCAAACCUUAGUGACCUACAGGUGAUUAAGAUUUUGGGUACAGAAAAAGGGAAGAAGAAUAAAACAAAUUUAAUCUUCAUUGCCGGAGAAAGAGUACUAAAAUACGCUGCUCGGAGCUACAGCAUGGAAAAGUCUUUAACGUCACUGUUAAAGAACGGGCCUGAGGAGCAUGUUGAAGCGGUGGAGAAAUUGCAGAAAUCUGCCAGAGCUCUUCAAAAGAAUAAUUUGACUUUAUUGCGAGAUCUCGCUGUUCUUACAGCCCAGAAUUUCAAAAACAGCACAGCCAGGGGCAAAGUAUUCUCCUUACACAGGAAAGAGGGGGACAAUGAAUUUAUGAAUAUUAUUGCCAAUGAGAUUGGCACAGAGGACACAAUAGUCUUCCUUACUGUCGGAGAUGAAAAGGCAUCCGGAUUAUUCCUCCUUGCUGGUCCACCAGAACUCAUUGAGAAUUUAGGACCCAGAGUUUCUAAAAUCCUGGAUGGGAAAGGCGCUGGAAAGAAGGGCCGUUUCCAGGGCAAAGCCAAUAAGAUGAGCCAGAGAGGAGAGGUGGAGCAUCUGCUACAACAGGUCAUGAAUGGCUCUGGGUUGAAGGAGGAAUGAUAAAGCAGUUUGCUCUGUCCUAAGCAACAGACCAUGUUCACCACUAUGGGUUGCUGCUGCUCCAAUAUAAACUUUGAAUAUACUGUAUAGAGUCCCUAGUGAAUCAGCAUAAACUGGUGUACAGCUGUAAUCAGAUUAGAACUGGGAAAUAUGUAAUUACCGGCAGUUGUACAGCUGCCCAUGUUGCUUUGACCUGCAAUGCACUCUCUGGAGGAAUAGACCAUGAUAAGGCCCAUGCUGUCAGAAGCCAGAGUAAAGACUUAAGGGGACAUUUACUAAGCAGUGAUAAGAGCGGAGAAGUGAGCCAGUGGAGAAGUUGCCCGUGACAACCAAUCAGCACUGAAGUAACAUGUAUAAUUUGCAUGCUAUAAAAUUAUACAGAGCUGCUGAUUGGUUGAUAGGGCAACUUCUCCACUGGGUCACUUCUCCGCUCUUAUCACUGCUUAAUAAAUGUUCCCCUUAAUAUGCUUUAUGGACCAAAAAUACAGGAAGCUAUGUCUAUGUUCCAUCGGGCAGAUAAAGUCUGUACCACAUGUACACUGAUAUUGCGAUCCUUAUAGAGAUCGCUGCUCAUUUGUUUCCAUUUUCCAUUGUGUUCUCUUUCUCGAGAUUGCAGCGCAGAGCAAAGCAUCAGGUGACUGUAAACUAUUCAUAUGUACAGAUUCAAGUCCCUUAUUUAUCAUUGCAUUUCCGUUGCUAACUGGAUUUAUGAUGGGAAAUAGAAUGUCUUGCUUGCCCAUGUCUAUUCACACAAGAACAUUAAAAGGUAACUAGUGUAAUAAAUAUCAACAUUGUUAUCUG